GGACUCUCAAUUGAUAUUGAGCACGACUCUCGACUCAUCUCGGGCUCAACGGUCAAUUGGGUUCGGCGCAACCGUCAAAAUGCAGAAAUCCUGCGGUCCGACGACUAUGAACAGUCUCCGGACUGCGAGGAGGACCCUCACCAAUGUCCCUCGCAGACAGAACCUCCAAGAUAUUACCAUUACCCGGACUGGAAAACCAAUCAUAAGGACUCAGGGAGGAAGGUCUUCACUUGGAGGACACACCGUGACGGUCUUUGGUGCAACUGGGUUCUUGGGACGGUAUAUUGUGAACAGACUUGCAAGGCAAGGAUGCACAGUCAUUGUACCCUUCCGGGAGGAGAUGGCCAAGAGACAUCUGAAAGUCUCUGGAGACCUGGGCCGAGUGAUUUUCAUGGAAUAUGACCUCCGAAAUACACCAUCUCUCGAGGAGAGCGUUCGACACUCAGAUGUGGUUUAUAAUCUCGUUGGCCGAACAUAUCCCACCAAGAACUUUGAUCUCGAGGAUGUGCAUGUGGAGGGUGUGGAGCGAAUUGCUGAAGCCGUAGCAAAGUACGACGUCGACCGGUUCAUUCACGUCUCUUCGUACAAUGCGGAUGUCAACUCUCCGUCCGAAUUUUACAGAACAAAGGGACGAGGAGAAGCCGUAGCACGCAGCAUCUUCCCCGAGACCACCAUCGUCCGUCCAGCCCCCCUCUUCGGCUUCGAAGACCGCCUCCUCCACAAACUGGCCGGCAUCACGAACGUCUUCACAUCAAACAACAUGCAAGAGCGUUUCUGGCCCGUUCACGCAAUCGAUGUAGGUGAAGCCCUCGAGAAAAUGCUGCAAGACGACACUACCGCCUCGCAAACCUACGAGCUGUACGGCCCUAAGAAUUACUCUACAGCCGAGAUUGCUGGGUUAGUAGACCGCGAAAUUAUCAAGCAUCGUAGACACAUCAACUUCCCCAAAGCGAUCCUGAAGCCUGUUGCUGGUCUUUUGAACAAAGCGCUUUGGUGGCCGGUUUUGACUGCUGAUGAGGUGGAGAGGGAGUUCAUUGAUCAGAAGAUUGAUCCUACUGCAAAGACGUUCAAGGAUUUGGGGAUUGAGCCUGCGGAGUUGAGCAGCCUGACCUUUCAUUAUUUGCAAGGGUAUAGAAGCGCAGCGUUCUAUGACCUACCACCCGCGACAGAGCGCGAGAAGAGGGAAGAGAAGAAGUACUUGCACGUCCUUGACAACCAGUAGAGGGAGAUCUCGGUCUAGAAUAGGUGUACCUAAAUCGGGGCUGCAAAUUUACUGUACAUAUGUCAAUCAAUCACUAAGC